AAAUUCCCCUAAAACGCUUCGUAUCGAGAGCGAAUCUCUUUCCCCUCUCUCUGUAGUUUCAACCGCCUUCUUUUCAAGUCUUCCUUUUCCCUUAAUGGUUAGGGUUUCUUAGGUGCUUCCACUUCGCACAAAAAAUGUUGCAGAAACCUCCCUCUUCUCACUCUAAUUUCUACAAUUUCCCUCUUGAACAACUUUCUAGGUCGACCAUGGCCUGAUUCAGCUACUCUUAUUUUUUCUGGGGUGGCAGUCCUGGAAUGGAAAUGUAUAAUGUUUCUGAACAUGGAAACACAGAGACUUAUCUGAUUCAAGGUGCCGAAUCCAACCUGCACUUUACGAGUCCACUACCUGAACAAAUUGAAGCCAUGUACAAUGAAGGAGCCUCUGAGUUUGUUGUUGAUCAGGGCUUGUAUUAUCCAACUGCCACCAAUUAUGGGUAUUAUUGUACAGGAUUUGAUGCACCCGUCGAUUGGGAGGACCACCAUAGGAUUUUUGGUGUAGAUGGUCCUGAUAUCCAGUACGCGGGUGGCCAAAAUGAAAGUUCGCCUUAUGUAUAUUAUCCGCCUAGCUAUGGAUAUGCACAGUCUCCAUACAACCCUUAUAAUCCUUACAUACCUGGUGCUAUGAUAGGUGUUGAAAGUCCAUUUGUAGGGGCACAGCAGUAUUACACAGUUCCCCCUUAUCAGAACCCAGUCUCUUCACCUGCUUAUGUACCCUUUGUUUUUCAACCAGAUAUUACCCCUAGUACUUCAGCUGACUCCUUGUACGAUAAUGGUAUAUCAAUGAAUAGACCUGAAGGAAGAGGUUUAAAACAUAACUUCAGUUCGGCUACUGGAUCCUUUCCAAGGAACUCCCUAAAAUCUGUUUCAAAUCAGACAAAUUCCCUGACCAGGGUAUCUGAAAGUUCAAGAACCAGUGGUGGAUCAAGCAAACAAUCUGCGAUGCAUUCUGCUGGUAGUUUUGCCACUCCAGCUUCAUCUCAUGUUCUUCAGGGUAGAAGUGCCUCUGGCUCAAUUCCUUCUGUAGAUAACAUUUCCAAUGGCAAGGUUCUAUCUCAUCAAAACCAAUUGAAAGUAACCCUCCCUGCCGGUAAUGGUUUAUCUGGAUUUGGAUCAAGUGCUUAUGUACAGGCAGGGGCUAAGAUUCGACCCAAGAUCCAUGUUGGCAGAGCACUGAAUGAUGUAAUUGGAAGCCCAGAUGCAUUGGGCGAGCAAAAUCGGGGCCCUAGAAUAAAUAGAUCGAAAGAUCAACUGGCUGUCAAAGCCUACACAACCAGGGCAGGAGAUAGUAACACACAAGGAAACAUCAUUAUCUAUACUGAUCAGUAUAACAAGGAUGAAUUUCCGGUUGAUUAUGUGGAUGCAAAGUUCUUUGUAAUAAAAUCAUACAGUGAGGAUGAUGUUCACAAGAGCAUCAAGUAUAAUGUUUGGUCUUCUACACCCCACGGAAACAAGAAGUUGGAUAGUGCUUAUGAAGAUUCACGGAGAAUAGCUGCAGAGAAGCUUAGAAGCUGUCCUAUCUUCCUCUUCUUUUCUGUUAAUGCAAGUGGUCAAUUCUGUGGUAUUGCAGAGAUGGUUGGCCCAGUUGACUUCAAUAAGGAUAUGGAUUUCUGGCAGCAAGAUAAAUGGAGUGGAAGCUUCCCUGUUAAGUGGCACAUCAUCAAAGAUGUCCCAAACACCAAUUUUAGACACAUUGUCUUAGAAAAUAAUGAGAACAAGCCAGUGACUAAUAGCAGAGAUACACAAGAGAUAAUGUAUAAGAAAGGUCUGGAGAUGUUGAAAAUAUUCAAAAAUUACACACUGAAGACCUCUUUACUUGAUGACUUCCUGUACUAUGAAAAUCGUCAGAAAAUCAUGGAGGAAGGGAAAGCCAGGUUACUUGUCAAAAGCUUUGGAAGUCCUUAUCUUGUACCUGCAUUGGAUCCCCCCCGCAAGGUAAAUAGUGUUGUUGAGCUACCUUCAAGUGAAGAUGGAAAAACUUCCAAGCCCAACAGUGGUCCAAACAGCUCGAUAAAGACUGGUGUCUCUGCUCCUGAGCAAGUUUCAUCUAAUUCUGAUGUUACCAGCACAACCAUCGGAGAUGGAAAUGCUGAACAAAUUGCAGUUGAGUUAAAAGAUGAUAUGGUAUCUACUUUAAAGAUUGGUUCACUCACCAUAAACCCGAAGGAGGCUGAGGCUAAGCCUACCGGCAUUGCUAAUACUGAAUCUGUUGACGUUGUCACAGUCGGCUCAGUACCCAUUAAAGUUAAUGGGUUUGCUGAAUCUGGUUUUCUAACGGUUGGGACUAUUCCGCUCGAUCCUAGAGCCUUACAGCUUGACAAGGGGGGUGCUCCUGUUAAUAAUGGAUCCCAACGUUAGAUGAUGCAGAGAUUUUUCAUGGCAUCACUAUUUUGGGAGUUAUUCUGUUGUCGGAUGCUCUACCUUUUGUGCAGGCAGAUUGAUGUCAACAUGAGUAUAUCAUACUCGAGCGUGGUUAUAUGCAUUGGUAAAUUGAAUGCUUGUUUCAGAUCAUCUUGAUUGUUUUUCACUCCCUUCUCUAUAUCUGCUGCGGUUGUUUUGAACUACACAUAUACGAUGCCUUGGUUUUCUGAGGGGUUCUUGUUGCUCUGCUCAAAUCAGGUCGAAAAACAUUGUAAUCUUUGUUUUUGCACUUUGCCUAUCAUCAAUAUAUUCAAGAUUUAAGGAUCAUUGUUGAAACCUGCAAAGGAUCAUUAUCAAUAUAUUCAAGAUUAAAAAGAAUUUUCUUCUUUUUCUUUUUCA